AUGUUCGCCCAGCGCAACAUUGCUCGCUUCGCUCAGCGUGCCUCCCAGCAGGCUCGCUCUGCUGCCCAGCGCCGCUUGAACUCCUCCGAGGCCAAGCCCUCUUGGAUUGCCGACAACGAAUUCAACCGCGAACGUGCUGCUGUCAAGCACCACGCCGCCUCCACCAGCGACCUCUGGCGCAAGCUCUCGAUCUUCGCUGUCAUUCCCUGCCUGAUUGGUGGCGGCCUCAAUGCCUACAACCUGUGGAAUGAGCACUGGGAGCACUGGGACCACAUGCCUCCUCUUGAGGAGCGCACCGAGUACCCCUACCAGAACAUCCGUUCCAAGAACUACCCCUGGGGUGAUGGUGACAAGACCAUUUUCUGGAACUCCGACGUCAACUACCACAACAAGGACAAGGCUACCUAA